UUGCACACAGCGUCAUCACUUCCAGCAACACUUCCCCCUGUUUAAAAGUCCGUCGCCCACAUCUUCUGCAUCAAAGUUUCGCUGCCAGGGGCCGUCAUGAGUGUGUGACGGUGACGGACACACAAGCAUCAUGCCGAGGCAGAGAGAUGUGAUAGCGGCUGUUCUGCUGCUGUGUGCCAUCGAGCUGUGCCGCUCUGAUGGUGUGACAACGAGUGAUAAAGCCUGUGUACCCAGCCAUGAGGUGGUGUGUUUUGCUCCAGCCGGUAACCAGAAUGCAUCUGGUCUUGUCGUCGAAGUGUGUAAGAAGCUCAUCAUCUCCCUGGAACACGUCUCCGAGCACCCUGUCUGCAGCUGGAGCAGAGGAGACGACCUAGUCCAGACAGUAAAUGGGAGCCGCAGCAUGGUCCUACCACUUUCGGAGACCGAUUCAGGGAAGUACACGCUGAGCUGUGAAACCAGAAAUGGCACCAGGUCCUCCAUGACUGUUGACCUUCAUGUAGUAAUGACACGUCCCACAAAACCACUCCUGACAUUGGAACGUAUGUAUAGGCGACUUUCAUCUCCUGAAUUCAGAUGCAUCUCUGAGGGAUGCUCAAAGCCCAAGCUGGAAUGGUCCGAAAAAAAGCAGUGGACAAAUGGUCCUGCAGAAAGUGGAAUGGCAAAUAUCUCAAUAUCGAGUGCUGAAUAUCAUGAUAAAGGAGCGAUGUGCUGUGCUACUAUUGCCGGAGAACAAGAAUGCUCCCAACUGUAUGACUACGACAUCGAGACUGGAAUCAGUAAAGAUGAUGAGGUUUCCAAUGUGACUGUGAGCGCUGGUCAGCCUUUGCUGCUUCGCUGCAGAAACAAGGAUAGCUCUCAACCUGGGAAGUGGGAAAAAGGCAGCAAAAUGAUGAAUGCCAGUACACUGGCAUUGCCAUCAAGUGACGAGAGCGAGAUACUCAUUCAAAAAGACUCACACCAUUCCAGCGUGAUGACCUACCUGUUCAUCAGAUCAGUUAGUGUGAACCACUCUGGCACGUAUAUCUGCAAGGGUGCAAAUAACAGAACCAAGUUUGUUGAUAUCCAUGUUCAGGCUGAGAGUUUCCUCUCUGCCCAGCUGGAUAAGAGCAAGAUCCUGUCAGCUCAGGAUGCAUGCUCCACCUGUUUGGAAGCCAAUGUUUCCUACCACCCGGUGCUUCAGGACUGUUCCUGGGAAGCUCCUGAUAGAACUAUGACUAGAUGUAUCAGGGACACCUGGGUGACAAAACACAGGACUGUGAAGCUCUGUGAUCCACUGAAAUCAGGAGACUAUAAGUUACACUUGCUGGCUGGAGGACAGGAAGAAAUCAGGACUAUAUCAGUGUGUGUUGUGGACACGCCAAAUUUCAAAUUCAGUCUGAGCGAGGAUAAUGAUACCUUCACCAUUGAGACUGUAAGUCUUACACCUGCAAUUCUCACCUGGAAGAUUUGUUCCAAUGACAGUUGCAAUGAGGACUCUUCCUGGGAAGAGAUCCCAGAGGCCUCUCAAACAGACUCUGAAGUCGCCUGUAGCAAGACAAUCAAGAGCUCUCUGCACACAUCUGGUGUGGGUGGAGGACAAGUAAGGUUUUGCCUGACAAACUCAGUUGGCUCCUGGUGCCACUACUCCAUAUACCAGCCACCGCCAUUGCAGAAGUCAACAGGUGGUUUGAAUAAUGACAACAGCAGCUUGAUGGUGCUGAAAGUGGGCAGCUUCACUCUGUUGCUGGCGUUGAUCGCAGUCAGCGUAGUGCUCAUGCACUUUGUCAAAAAGAAGAAACCUCAGUAUCAGCCCCAGCUCCAGAUGAUCCAGGCGGUCGGACCCAAUGACAAUGAUUACAUCUACAUAAACUUCAAGGACUUUGAGUACAACCCGAAAUGGGAGUUUCCCAGGGAGAACCUGGAACUGGGUGAUGAACUGGGCUCUGGGGCUUUUGGCAUGGUGGUCCAGGCGACGGCUUACGGCAUCAAUAAGCCCGGAAUCUCACAGCAGGUGGCUGUCAAGAUGCUCAAAGAGAAACACCAGACGGUGGAGAAGGAGGCUCUGAUGUCAGAGCUCAAGAUGUUGACUCACAUCGGUCACCAUGCCAACAUUGUUAACCUGCUCGGGGCAUGCACAGACUCAGGACCCAUCUACCUGAUUUUCCAGUACUGCUGUUAUGGAGAUCUGCUGAACUACCUGAAGCAGAACAGAGAGCACUACCACAAGUCUGUGACUGACGCUUUCAACAAGGACCGUUUCAGCAGCCUUUACCACAACCUGCAGCCCAGGAAAAACUCCAGUGAGCUGGACAAAGCUGUGGACAAUUACAUGCCUAUGUACGGAUCUACCACCAGAGGGCAGGAGGACAUCGCCCUCCUCACCCUCAACUCCAGUGACAUGGACGGCUUAGAGAUCUACGAACACAUUGAUGAUCAGACGGAGGACCUGAAAACACUGACCUUUGAUGACCUGCUCAGCUUUGCCUUCCAAGUGGCCAAAGGGAUGGAGUUCCUCUCCUCCAAGAAUUGCAUCCACCGAGACCUGGCUGCUCGAAACGUGUUGGUGACAAAUGGCAGACUGGUGAAAAUUGGUGACUUCGGACUGGCCCGAGACAUCGACAACGACUCCAACUAUGUUGUGAGAGGAAAUGUGCGCUUGCCGGUGAAGUGGAUGGCUCCAGAGAGCACCUUCCAGGGGAUCUACACCAUGAAGAGUGACGUCUGGGCUUAUGGCAUUCUCCUCUGGGAGAUCUUUUCACUCGGUGUUACUCCGUACCCUGGCAUGAAGGUGGAUCACACGUUCUAUGCAAUGAUUGAGAGGGGCUUUAAGAUGGAGUGUCCGUACUACGCCAACGAGUCUGUGUACGGGAUGAUGUGUAAGUGUUGGGCUCUGGAUCCCUGCGACCGGCCAUCCUUCUCCAAGCUGGUGUCCUAUAUCGGUGAGCAGCUGACAGACAGAGAGGAGAAGCUCUACCACAACAUGCUCGACCAGACAUCCGACAUCUACCAGAACGCAGCGACUAUUGUGGACAUCUCCGCCAUGACAAAACACAACGAGAGCAAGACACAGGCGACCAAUGACUACCGUCAAACCAACGUGACAGAAGAAAGCAAAGAGGAAAUGUGUGAUUCAGACACUGAGGCAGCUGAGGAGGAGCGUCUGAAGCCACCUGAUGCAGAGUGAUCGCUGGACGGUGACCAAACCUUUUUUUUCUCUUUUAAAUCAAGUUAUUUAAUAUUUCUUAGUUACAGUAGUAUGCACUUGCUUUAUAUUCUUUAAAAAUAUCCUAAGCAUUUUCAGACUUGUAGGAUUAUGUAGCACGUAUUCAAAACAUAUUUUCAUAAUCUGCAAUAGUAACAGAACAUACAAAGGUUUUAAUCUCGUCGACAGGACGUCAGCCAAUCAUAUUCUCACUAUGACGAUAUUGUCUGAAUGUAAAAACAGUAUUUUUUGUUUUAUAUGGGAUUUUAUUCGUGCAGCUAAAAAGAAAGACCUGGUUUCAUUAAAGGAUCCAAAUGUUCUCAGAAGUAACUAAUUAACUUUUAGCUGUAGAUUUUAUUAUAUAUUAUCAGUACAACUUUGACUUUAUAUAUUGUUCUGCAAUGAGAAAAUGAAAAUCUCUUAUAUUAUGUCAGCAGCUAUUAACUGCAAAUUGCACCUAGUUUUUGGUAACGUGUAUACAUUUAUUUUUAACCAAUGGAUGGAUUUAACAUUGUAUCGUCAUGUUUAAUCAUUUUAUAUCUACAAUAAAAUGUACUUACACACAC